GGUCUAGGCCCCAGGAGGUGUCUGAAGGGAAGGUAUUUGGACUUUGCUUUCCCCUCUACCCCACUCCCCAGACCUUCUCCCGACUCCGGAGGGCCGGCUCCCGCUUCUCCUCCCUAGUUUUGGCUGGCGGGCUGACAUCAGCUGGUAUUCCUAGGGACAGGAUAAGGAACCCUGAGCUGCCUGGCUCAGCUCCAGGCGCCCCUUCCCCCACAACCCAGGACAGCCCCUUAGAUGCAGCGGCGUCGAGAGGCCGCUGGAGCUCCCAGCCCCCUCCCUCUUCUCCAGGUCUGGGAGAGUAGCUUGCCGACCCCUCCAGACCCGAAAGAGAGAGGGGGCGACUCGAAUCCGGGGAGCGAUCCUGGGAGACCCUGGAAAGUCCUGGGCGCCACCCAGCCGAGCCCCCGAAAUCGAUCGCGGUUCCGGGGUUCCGGGAGCUGUCCAGCCUCGCGGGCUGUCCUGAAGCCCCACGAGGCCUUGGCUCAGCUUCUUCCCACCACAGGCACACCGGGAUCAGAAGGGGGGACGGUGGAGAACUAUGAGUCAGCUGUCCAAUAUUGCUGGAAUCGUUAUAAGGAUCAAAUGGAUUCUAUUGAAAAGGAUUGGUGCGACUGGGCCAUGAUUAGCAGGCCUUAUAGCACCCUGCGAGAUUGCCUGGAGCACUUUGCAGAGUUGUUUGACCUGGGCUUCCCCAAUCCCUUGGCAGAGAGGAUCAUCUUUGAGACUCACCAGAUCCACUUUGCCAACUGCUCCCUGGUGCAGCCCACCUUCUCCGACCCCCCAGAGGAUGUACUCCUGGCCAUGAUCAUAGCCCCCAUCUGCCUCAUCCCCUUCCUCAUCACUCUUGUAGUAUGGAGGAGUAAAGACAGUGAGGCCCAGGCCUAGGGCCACGAGCUUCUCAACAACCAUCUUACUCCACUUCCCCACCCCCACCAGGCCUCCCUCCUGCCUUCCUACUCCCUUUUCUCACUCCCAUCCCCACCACAGAUCCCUGGAUUGCUGGGAAUGGAAGCCAGGUGGGGUCAUGGCACAAGUUCUGUAAUCUUCAAAAUAAAACGUUUUUUUUGGACAAUGUCCUUCUCCCCA